CGCAACAGUAGACCUCGGGAUACCCCUGGCUUGCCUGCCCGCCAUGGCCGACAAGGAAGCAGCCUUCGAUGACACAGCAGAGGAACGUGUGAUCAACAAAGAGUACAAAAUAUGAGAAAAGAACACCCCUUUUCUUUAUGAUUUGGUGAUGACUCUGGAGUGGCCCAGCUUAACUGCACAGUGGCUUCUAUAUGUAACCAGACCAGAAGGGAAAAAUUUCAGCAUUCAUCGGCUUGUCCUGGGGACACACAUGUUGGAUGAACAAAACCACCUUGUGAUAGCCAGUGUGCAGCACCCUAAUGAUGAUGCUCAGUUUGAUGCUUCACACUAUGACAGUGAGAAAGGAGAAUUUGGAGGUUUUGGCUCUGUCAGUGGAAAAAUUGAAAUAGAAAUCAAGAUCAACCAUGAAGGAAAAGUAAACAGGGCACGUUAUAUGCCGCAGAACCCCUGCAUCACUGCAACAAAGACUCUGUCCAGUGAUAUUCUUGUUUUUGACUAUACAAAACAUCCUUCUAAACCAGAUCCUUGUGGAGAGUGUAACCCAGAUUUGCAUCUCCGUGGACAUCAGAAGGAAGGCUAUGGGCUUUCUUGGAACCCAAAUCUCAGUGGGCACUUACUUAGUGCUUCAGAUGAUCAUACCAUCUGCCUAUGGGACAUCAGUGCUGUUCCAAAGGAAGGAAAGGUUGUGGAUGUGAAGACCAUCUUUACAGGGCACACAGCAGUAGUGGAAGAUGUCUCCUGGCAUCUGCUUCAUGAGUCUCUGUUUGGGUCAGUUGCUGAUGAUCAGAAACUUAUGAUCUGGGAUACUCAUUCAAACAACACUUCCAAACCAAGUCACUCAGUUGAUGCUCACACUGCCAAAGUGAACUGCCUUUCUUUCAAUCCUUAUAGUGAGUUCAUUCUUGCCACAGGAUCAGCUGACAAGACUGUUGCCUCAUGGGAUCUGAGAAAUCUGAAACUUAAAUUGCAUUCCUUUGAAUCACAUAAGGAUGAAAUAUUUCAGGUUCAGUGGUCACCUCACAAUGAGACUAUUUUGGCUUCCAGUGGUACUGAUUGCAGACUAAAUGUCUGGGAUUUAAGUAAAAUUGGGGAGGAACAAUCCCCAGAAGAUGCAGAAGAUAGACCACCAGAGUCGUUUAUUCAUGGUGGUCACACUGCCAAGAUACCUGAUUUUUCCUGGAAUUCCAAUGAACCCUGGGUGAUCUGUUCUGUGUCAGAAGACAAUAUCAUGCAAGUGUGGCAAAUGGCAGAGAACAUUUAUAAUGAUGAAGACCCUGAAGGAAGCGUGGAUCCAGAAGGACAGGAGUCUUAAAUACAUCUGCACUUCUUGUGAUUUUAGACUCCCCUUUUUUCCUUUCCACCCUGAUGAUACUGAUUUAACACUGGUUUUGAGACCCAGACUUUGUUCAGCUAUCCCUCUGUAUUAGGUACCAUCAACAAUGCUAUUAGCCCAAACUGAGGGUAUUUUCUAAAUGUUAACUGGGGGACUUGAUUCAGCAAAGCCACAGACUUAUAUUUAAAUUUUCUUCAGGAAUUUUCUAAUAACAAAAAUCUAAAGUAGCCACCAAAAGGGGAUUAUUGUGUGUGGUUAUUUUAUUUUUCUUCUAAUGCUAUAUCCCCAAGUUUUUUUAACUCAUUUAAGUAAAGGUUAGAAGUAAGAAAUAGAGCCAAGUGAGAAAGGUGUCUGAGCCAUGAAGUACAAGUACUUCAAGAUGUCAUUUUUAUUCAGGAAUUAGGGGAGAUUCAAGUCAUAAAUUGCUACUCUAAAGUCUUCACACCUGUC